AUUGGUCCAUAACCGAAUGAGAGAGUUUGACCUUUGCUCUCUCUAGGAGCUCCACCGGGUAUACCCGUCCAUCCCUGCCAACCUGCGUCGACCAAUCAAGGUUCACUCACUGUUUGAUGGGAUUGGCACAGUGCAACCCGGUUCUGGUGGAUGCGGUGAAAGUGAGCCCAGCCCAUAAAGCGCAAAACUUUUGGGGCAGCAUCCCUGGGACGAACAGGCCAAUCAUCACAUCACAGAACGACAAGGUCAAUCUCCAAGACUGCCUUGAAAGGGGCAGAGUUGCCAAGUUCACAAAAGUGAGGACAAUCCCCACCAACUCGAACUCUCUCAAGCAGAACAAGGAUGUGGGCAAGCUCCCGGUAUCAGAGAAAGGCGUGGAUGACAACAUGUGGAUCACAGUGCUAGAGAAGGAGGCAUUUUGAAAUGUAGCAUUUAAUUGAUUCUCACUUUUAUUUCUUGAAAUUCAGUUGAAAUGAAAGGUCAACUGCCCCUUAGAACCAACUUCUCUGGUUUUGAACGGCCUAUGUCGCAUCGAUAUGAGUCAGAAACAUUAAUUCUACACUCUGACUUUUUUUUACAAAAGGGUUCAUCGGCUGUCCCCAUAGGAGAACCCUUUUUGGUUCCAUGUAGACCCCUCUGUGGAAAGGGUUCUACCUGAAGCCAAAAUAGGUUCUUCAAAAGGCUUCUCUUAUUGGGACAGCUGAAGAACACUUAAGUUCUAGAGUGUAGUGUCAAAAUUGACUGCAAAGUGUAAAUAGGAUAAUUUUGGUCAUAAAGUACUUUUACUGGAGGUUAGUUAUGGAUUAUGAUCAUGGCCACUUGCCCAGUGCCCACUAACACGGGAGAAGCAUCUGUGCUGCGUGCACUCUAUCCAAUCAGAGCAGCCAAAACCUCCAGACAGUGAGACAAACCUGCGCAUUACACAUAGCCUAAGACUUGUUUACAUAAGACAACACGUCGCCAACGUUAUGUUGAAAUAACCCUUGGCCCUAAGCCCUUUAUGGAGUGGCCAUUUGCUGAUAUGUUUGAUAGUGUCAAUCACUCCAGUCUGCCACUUAUUUGGGCAAAAUUAGAAUUGAGACUAUCUAAGCGCACUUUUUUCCCAAAUGCAACAUGUCAAUAUUGCAAAACACAUUAGUGAGCAUUUUAUGUCCCCCACAACCUGUUUUGUAACAUGAUUCCUUGUGAAACACUGCUAGAGAGACACAUACUUUGGUAAUAGAUAGUGAGAAGGUUGUAAAAAAACAAAACGGCACUGCAGCACACACGUCACCACUCGCCAGUGACUUGAUAAGCUAAUUGUUGCCUGGCUGCUCGAUGUGCCUGUUAGCUACUACUUGUAAGCUUCAUUGCCAAACACAGAGUUGGAUCUUAGCUAGCUAGCAAGUGAUUUUGGGCACUGAUGAACAGCUUAUACUUUAUUUACGAUAGUUUGACAGCUUGCAGAUGAUGACGUUGUAGAUAUGUUAUUGUUCUCAGAAAUCAGUCCUGAGCACGCAGACAGACUUUCCUGACUCGAUAGUGCACUGCAUGCAGCCUGACUCGUUUUUCAUGCACAUGUUUUUACCUGAGAAAUACCACACCAAAAACCUUAGCUAGAAUUGCACGACUAACACCUCUUCUGCAAAAACAUCGAAAUUAAAGACAGAUUUAAUUUAUCUAUUUUGAGGAAGUGACUAUUUUGAGGAAGUGGCUAUGUUGUUGCUUGCUACGGUGACAAACGACAGGGUACAAUAUGUGAACAUUCCACAUCAAACCUCACCCCAAGACAACUCUUGUUUGGCUUCAGUCAUGGCCGCUAGCAUUUCUUAAUGAGCAAUCUUCAAAACGAGGCCUAAUCAGGAAGUGCAGUCACUCUUUAACAAUUUUCUCUUCUGCCUGUCACUUCAAGGAUCUUCGGCUUCCCCAAGCACAUCUAGUUCCUCAGCAACAGAGAUGGGGGAGAGGUCAAUGGCUGGCCCUUCAUGGUGUAAUCCCCAGGAGUGACAGUUGGGUUCAGCAAGGACGCUUAAACUAGACAUACAUUAGACAACGACAAAAAUCUUGACAUCUUGGGAGCACUCCCAUUAUGGGAAUUGUCUGCAUAAUCUUGUCAUCCUGAAGUCUGUGACCGGUGUGCUCUUUUUUUUUCAUUUAAUUACCAAUGUAGAAAAGUCUGUAUACAUACAAUAAAUUCAUAAAUAGACAAUGAUAACAUAUGCUAGGGGGUACAACAAAUUACAGAUUAUACAAAGACCUUAAAAGAAACACAUUGAUUGUUUUAACAACUUUCUUAUUAGAAGGAUGUAGUAUGGUCUUAAUGUACUGCUCAAAUUCCUUAUAGAAAUGUAAUGGGUGCGUGUUGGUGGCAGGGAAGUCAGGCGCAGGAGAACGAACUUGGUAUAAACGGAGUCGUUUAAUAAGUGCUGACCAAACUCCAAAAACCAAAAUAUAUAAAAAUAACAAAGUGGGUACAAAACCCAUCGCACACCAACACAUACUAGCACAAUCACAUACAAUAAAACAAUCUCCGACAAGGACAUGAGGGGAAACCGAGGGUUAAAUACACAACAUGUAAUUGAUGGGAUUGGAACCAGGUGUGAAGGAAGACAAGAUAAAACCA